GCAUAGUUGCUUUGUUAAGAGUCGAUUUCCCACUGCCUAACUGAAGGUCUGGUGACGUCGAGGUAGCCGGGGUCUCCUCCAUUGCUCGAGUGUGGUAUUGCGAUAUUGUUUACAGAAUUUAUAUUAUUUAUAAAGAAAGGGGCGGUAUAUAGCUGCCAUCAAAGGAUCACUUAUUCUGAGUCUUAGAAUAACUACGCAGGUUGAACAGAGUGCAGUGCAGCGACAGGCAAGGAAGGAUAAUGCUGACAGAGGCUGUGUUGGGGGUGGUGCUGCUGGUCCUGCUGCUCACCCUGGUCAACAGGAGGCCCAAAGGACUUCCUCCAGGUGAGUGGGGCUGGCCUGUGCUGGGCGCCUUGAUGCCGUCAGGAGUGACUAUAGAAGACCACCUCAAGACUCUCAGACGGAAGUAUGGCGAUAUUUUCACGUGGAGGAUGGGCAGCCGCACAGUGGUAUUCCUCAACAACUUCCAGCUCAUCAAGACAGCGUUCAGCAACCCCGACCUGCAAGACCGCCCUGACUUCUACUCUCUUGAUGUGUUCACUGAUAAAGUGAAAGCUGGCAUCUCCAACGCCAAUGGCGUUCACUGGCACAACAGUCGUCGGUUCGCCUUGCGCCAGCUGAAGGAAUUGGGGAUGGGCAAGUCGAGCCUGAUGGACGCCAUCCAGUACGAGGUGACUUGUCUGGUGGACGACUUCAUGAAGCACACGGGACGACCCCAGCCUAUCCCUAUGUCUCUCAAUGUCGCCAUCCUCAACGUCAUCUGGAAGAUUACUGCAGACAUACGGUACGACGUGGACGACCGCAAAGUCCACGAAUUUAACGACUUGAUUACCGAACUCUUCGAGAAUUUCCAACGAGGUAGUGUGAUAUUUGACAUGUAUCCCUGGCUCCCGUCCAUCUCCCCGCCCUUCCUCACGAAGUACCUUGGUGUGGACGCUUUGUUGGAAUCCGUCGAGAAGCUCAGAGUUUAUAUAUUGCAAGUGAUGGGGGAACACGAGGCGUCUCUGAACCCCGACAAGCCGAGGGACUACAUUGACAUCUACCUGAUAGAGAUGAAGGCACAACAGGGCAACCCAGAGUCCACCAUGAGCAAACUCGACCUGUGCGCCCAGGUGGCAGAUCUGUUUACAGCGGGGAGUGAGACAACGAACCAGACGAUGCGGUGGGGUCUAUUGUUCCUGGCCAAGUACCCAGACGUCCAGGCCAGAGUGCAGCAACAGAUUGAUGACGUGGUGCCCAGAGGAACACUUCCCUCCCUAGAGGAUAAACCUAAACUGACGCAGCUGGAGGCGGUCAUCCACGAGAUCAGCAGACUGGUGUCUUUGGUGCCUUUGGGAUUAUCACACGCAGCAGCGGCCGACACUCAACUUGCUGGCUUUACCAUACCAAAGGGCACAGUGAUCAUCCCUAAUCAGGAGAUGUGCCACAAGGAGCCAACCUACUGGGAGAAGCCUGAAGAGUUCUACCCGGAGCAUUUCCUCGACAGUGAAGGAAAACUGAAACCUAGGAAGAAGAAUUAUCUUCCAUUUUCUAUUGGUCGACGUGUUUGCCCAGGCGAGGCUCUAAGCCGGAUGGAACUCUACCUCUUUCUGUCGGCGCUGCUGCAGAACUUUACUUUCUCUGAACCUGAAGGAGAGCCACUCGACCUAAAGAGAAAUCCCAACGCUUUAUUUUUCAACCUUCCGAAGCCCCAGAACAUUGUGAUCACCAAGAGGGCAUAAAGUGGAUGCUUAAAGAGAGGAUACAAAUGAAAGCCACUAAACAACUCUGGCAGACUUCAGAUUCUUUCACCACCAUCAUCUUAGAGUUUGAUCCCGUGUUUGAUCCUAAGAUGAGACGCCAAGAAAGGUGUCCGCAAAAUUGUGACCAUUGAUCCUUUUGAUCGUGUUGUAUACAUCAGGAAGUUAUGAAAGAUGCUUCAUUCUUCAGCCUCGGAGACCUCAAAAAACAUCAGCUCAUCCAAACACGAUCUAACCCUCUUGUUAAAAUUAUAUAGGACAAAUUUAUUUUCCUUGUUUAUCUUGUAAGUAACUGCAGUAUACAUAUGUUAUUGUUUAGUCUUUAGAUUUAUUCAGGAUAAUCAAAUAUAUUUUAGAACCAUAACGAUAGUGGUAAGAAUUAUAUGUAGUUUACUUGAUCUAGGGGCUUCACUUGUCACACAUUCUUUGGGAAUUUAUCCUCAAAUAUACUGAUGUAAAGUGAGGUAGACUUAAGAUGAUCAUCGGUGUCGCUUUUAUCGGUAACGCCAUUUUAUGUUAUUAUUAUUAUUAUUAUUAUUUUAAUCUUUUAAUAUUUGAUAAAUAUAACAAAGUAUACAUGUUGAUAUUACUCUCAUUAAAGCACAAGUUAUA